AUGGUAACAGAAAUGGGGUCGGCACCGGCAGUUGGAGGUAUUAGCCCGGCAUUGAGUGCAAGUGCCGCGAAAUCUUUUUUGGAAGCUACUGAUAAAGAAAAGAAGGAAAUGCAGAAUUUAAACGAUCGUUUAGCUAAUUAUAUCGAUAGAGUUAAAAAUCUUGAAGAACAAAAUCGAAAAUUAGUACAAGAUUUGGAAGAUCUUCGUGGACAAUGGGGAAAGGAUACUAGUGAAGUUAAGGUAAGGUAUUCAACAACUCUUUCAACUGCUCGGAAAGAUAUUGACCAAGCAGCACGUGAUAAAGCUGCACUAGAUGUUAAAGUUGCUCGUUUACGUGAUGAUUUAAAUGAAUAUCGUAAUCGUUUUGAGGAUAUUCAGCGCCGUCGAGAAGGGGAUCGAGAACAUAUAAUUCAAUUUACUAAUAUGAUAGCUGAUGCUCAAAGUGAAUUGGAAAUGCUUAGAGCCCGUUGGAAACAAUUAACUGACGAAGAGAAACGUUUUACUGGAGAUAAUGCUCGUCUUUGGGAUGAUUUAACUAAAGCUAGAAAUGAUUUGGAUGAAGAAACACUUGGACGUAUUGACUUCCAAAAUCAAGUCCAAACUUUAUUAGAAGAAUUGGAGUUCCUUCGUCGUGUACAUGAACAAGAAGUUAAAGAAUUACAAGCACUUUUGGCACAAGCACCGGCAGAUACACGCGAAUUCUUUAAAAAUGAAUUGGCUUUGGCUAUUCGAGAUAUUAAAGAUGAAUAUGAUUAUAUUGCUAAACAAGGACGUCAAGAUAUGGAAAGUUGGUAUAAAUUGAAGGUGUCAGAAGUUCAAGGAAAUGCUAAUCGUGCACUUAUGGAAUCUAAUUACCAACGAGAAGAGGUAAAACGAAUGCGUGACAAUAUUGGAGAUUUACGUGGAAAGUUUGGAGAUUUGGAAAAUAAAAAUUCUCAAUUAGAAAAGGAAGUACAAACAUUAAAUUAUCAAUUAACUGAUGAUCAACGACAGUAUGAACAAGCUUUGAAUGAGAGAGAUGCAACUUUACGUCGUCUAAAAGAUGAAUGUCAACAAUUAGUUGCUGAAUUACAAUCAUUAUUAGAUACAAAACAAAUGUUAGAUGCUGAAAUUGCUAUUUAUAGAAAAAUGUUGGAAGGAGAAGAAAGUCGUGUUGGGUUAAGACAAAUGGUUGAACAGGUUGUAAAAACUCAUUCACUUCAACAACAAGAAGAGACAGAUUCAACUCGUAAUGUUCGUGGAGAAGUCCAAACAAAAACAACUUUCCAACGUUCUGCUAAAGGAAAUAUAACAAUUGCUGAAUGUGAGCCUAAUGGAAAAUAUAUAAUGCUAGAAAAUACACAUAAAAGCAAAGAUGAGGAUAUUUCUGGUUGUAGACUUAAACGAAGAAUGGAUGAUAAACGUGAAAUUAAUUAUACAAUACCUGCAAAUAUUAUUAUACCUGCCGGAAGGAAUGUUAAGAUAUGGGCAGCAGGUCAAGGAGGUGUUCACUCUCCUCCACAUUCAUUAAUUAUUCAUGAGGAAAGUUGGGGUGUUGGACAAAAUGUGAUAACUGCAUUCUUUAACAAAGAAGGGGAAGAAAGAGCAACUCAUACACAAAAGACUAUCCAAACUGGACAAUAA